CGCCGGACCUGCUCUCCCCGCGCUGCGCUGGGUCGGACGCCAGGUCUGUGCGCCGCGGCUGAGCUCCCACUCGCCUUGCGGAAAAGAACCGCGGAGGCACCCGCGGGGGCGGCGGCAGGAGAGCUCGGCGGGUGCUGGAGGAGGUGGCAAUCGGGAACCAAACCAGAAAGAGACCGGGAGGCAGAAGCUUGUGGCUCCGGGACGCGCACUCCCUCGGCCAGGCAUGGGUCCCGGCGCGGCCCAGCCCCUGCUUGGCCCGCCUGGCAGAGACUGAUCUGCUGUUCCCCAUCGUCCGGUGGACGGCCGGAUAGAGAGAGGCACAGGCCGAUCGCCAGUAGCCUCCCGGCGGGACCUCGCGUUCUGCGCACCCGGCGCAGCGCCCCCCGCCGGAGCCGCGCUGGGCGAGCCGGCGAGGGAGCGGGGCUGAUUGGCGGCCGCCGGCAGCCGGGGGAGGGGGCGCCGCGCGGGGCCAUGGCAGGCUCGGAGGCGUCCUAGCCCGAGCCCGAGCCGGAUCUGAGCCCACGCUGCCGCCACCGCCGCCUCUCCGCGCCCAGGCCCCCGCCGCCGCCGCGCCCCCCGCGGGAGAUGGAACAGCGGAACCGGCUCGGUGCCCUCGGAUACCUGCCGCCGCUGCUGCUGCACGCCCUGCUGCUCUUCGUGGCCGACGCUACAUUUACCGAAGUCCCCAAAGAUGUGACAGUACGGGAGGGAGACGACAUCGAAAUGCCCUGCGCUUUCCGGGCUAGCGGAGCCACCUCGUAUUCGCUGGAGAUUCAGUGGUGGUACCUCAAGGAGCCGCCCCGGGAGCUGCUGCACGAGCUGGCGCUCAGCUUGCCCGGCGCCCGGAGCAAGGUAACAAAUAAGGAUGCAACUAAAAUCAGCACCGUGCGCGUCCAGGGCAAUGACAUCUCGCACCGGCUGCGGCUGUCGGCCGUGCGGCGGCAGGACGAGGGCGUGUACGAGUGCCGCGUGUCGGACUACAGCGACGACGACACGCAGGAGCACAGGGCCCAGGCGCUGCUGCGCGUGCUCUCGCGCUUCGCGCCGCCCAACAUGCAGGCCGCCGAGGCCGUGUCCCACAUUCAGAGCAGCGGUCCGCGUCGCCACGGCCCCGCCAGCGCCGCCAGCGCCAACAAUGUGGGCGCCACCGACGCCGCGGGCCGCGCCACCUCCGAGCCCGGCCGUGGCGACAAGAGCCCGCCUCCUGGGAGCCCUCCCGCCGCCCCGGGUCCCGGAGUCCCCGAGGCCAAUGCCGCCUCCGCGGCGCACGCAGCCGCCACCACCGUCGCGGCCGCAGCCGCAGCUUCGUCAGCGUCGCGGCCACCCAGCCAGGCGGUCCUCCUGCGCCAGAGGCACGGCUCGGGCACCGGCCCCAGCUCCGCCACAGACCCCCUCCUGUCGCUGCUCCUGCUAGCCCUGCAUAAGUUCCUCGGCCUGCUGGUGGGGCACUGACGGACUCGGCAGCGCCGGCCUGCCCCGACCCCGCUGAGGACUGCGUCGCCAGAUGGACACAGACAGACUGAGAGAAGCAUGAGAAAGUCCACGUGAAAAAUAAAUAAAUCCUAUUUUUGGGGAAGUUACACAAACGUAGAACACCUAAAAUAAUGCAUCUAGUUUCCAAAUAAGCUGGAGUCUGGACCCUGCAGUGUGCAUGGGAUCAGUGAUCUCUCUACUUCAAUGUCUUUUUCUUUUCUAAACUUUUCCUCCAGGUCUUCAUCUUGCACGAACUGUUGAGCAAUUGUCUUUAGGAGACUCUGUAAAAAUGUCUGGUCAAAGCCUUUCUGACAAAGCGAAAUAUUUUUAGUAGAUUAUUGUGUUUAGGAAUUUUUUUUAUUUACUUUUUUCUUUGGGGGCUUUUUUUUUUUUUAUUCAAGUAAAUUAUUUCUUUUGAGACAUUUUGAUUAAAAAAAGAUACAUCUUAUCAUAAUUAAAAUUCACUGUCAAUAAUAUUUAUUUUUAAAUAAAGAUUGAAAACAAAGUCAAACACUUGUUUAUAAACUGGAUUGUAUAUUGCUGAAUAACAGUUGAAUAAAAGACAACUUUGACAUAAUCUUUCUACAGGCAUGUGUGA